AAUUCCGUACCAACCUCUCCUUCUCGCCCCGUACUUUUUUCUCGACCAGCGUAUACUAAUGGAUACUAAUGGAUUUCUAUUAAUCCAUUACAGUUACUAAUAAAUAAUUAAAACUAUAAGUAAAUAAUUUAAAAGUAAUCGUUUUAAAUGUACGUAAAUUUUAAUUGUCGCGUUACUUAGCCAACGUCGUCGAUAAUUAAAUUGUUAGCGAAAUACCGAUAACAAUGGAUUAAAUGAUUUGGACAAUACUAUAGAAAGAUAUUUGUCCGCGUUGUAAGCGCUUUUAAGAAUAUAUCGUACAAAAAGAAAUGGAAACGGAUGCAGAAUUUGAAGAUUGUAAUUUAACAGAUAUUUGUGAAUUAUUCCCAUAUCGAGAUAAUAUCGAUGACGACGAAGAUCAAACCGAGAAAUGUCGCGAUUCUAAGCAAACCGGCGAAGCAAAAAAAUAUAUAAAUACGAGAAAUAUAUUUUCAACGGACAUUACGAAGUGCGGCAGAAUUCUGAAAAUAAUAAAAAAUAACGAAAAUGUAAAUAAUUUGAAAGAUAUAACCGAACGGCUUUAUCGAGAAUUUCUAGAUAUCUUAGAACUCGAGUGUCGUAAAACAAUAGAAAGUACAUCGGCCGAACUGCGGAAAGAAAUCGAGAAAUGGAAAACCGACGACGCGGACGAAGCUAUUAAAAAACUUACGAGGGAACAUAAUAAUUACGUCAAAAGACUGCAAAAGGAACAUAAGAAGAAGUUACAGCAAGAAGUUAUUAAAAUUGAAAUCGGCACGAAACACGAACUAGAAGUUAGAGUAGAAGAGGAAAAGCGAUCUUCGGAAAGACGGAUAAGGGCCGCCAUGGAAGAGGCCGCGGGACAUUUCGAGUAUCAUUUAAAGACGGCGAUUGGAGAAAUACGAAAGGAAGAGAGAAAAAUUAACGAGGAAAGAUACGAAAUAAUCAAAAAAGACUUGGAAAAGAAGCUGCGAGAUAAGAUUCGUACGUCCGCGGAAUAUAAAAAGAAAUUACUCUGUCGAACCGAGCGGAGAAUACGAAAAGAAACGGAAGAAAGAGUGCAGAAAUGGAGAAAAGAGGAAGAACUGGAAUCGCGAUCGAAAUUAAAUCUUCAAAAAGAGAGAUACGAAAGUCGCGUUAACAAAUUGAGACGUAAAUUACGCGGAAUGGAAAGUGGGACGACGAAUUUGACCCAGCGUCUUAAAGAAGCAAUUAUUGAAAGAACGGAAGCGGAAACGGAAAUGGUCAAGACGAAAGAAUAUUUAGGACAAUUUAUUAAAUUGGCAAACCAGACCCAAGCCGAUUCUCUCGGUAUUAUUAACGUAACACCGACCGAGAGUGGCGGACCUACAUAAAUAGGAAACAAUCCAGCUUAUAUUAAUUUGUCUACGUAAAACGACGCUACUUAUUUCUAGCGGAACAACUCGAUCGCAAUUCUUAGAAUAUUUUCUACUUAAUAUUCCAAUAAAUUUUAAUGUUACCAUUAGAGUAGAAGAUAUGUCGUAUUUUAAUGGCGAAAAUUCAUUUCCGCCAUUAUCGUUUUUUCGCCGGAAAGUAUCUGGCAAUUACAAUAAUUAGCGCCAGAUGGCGACACCAGCGUUGGAUUUAUAAAAAAUCACCACGCUAAAAUAAUUUUACCGCGCUUAAAUUUAAAGCGAAAGCCAUUCUAAAACGAUUUAAUAUUCUUUAAAUUUUAACUUUAAAAAAUUAAAAUAUUUAAAAUACAUAUUCGUACGAGAAGCUCUAAUUAAAGUAAGUACAGGUAAAAAAACAGUUAAUCGUUUAUUUAUUUAAUGAAUGUUAUUAAGAUAAAUUGCUGGUCGGGAUUUACGGCACGAACGCGAAACGACGCCCGAAUAUAAAUGCUACGCGUAACUCAUUUAAA